GGUUUGCAGAGCAGGAGGAACAUGGCGGCGCAGUCAGCCAGCAGAAAUGUUGUUUCACUACCGCGAAGGUCAGCGUCGCUUCCAUUAAACGGAUUCUAACAGCGAGGACUCAGCGAAAAGUGCCGCGUUCAGGGAGAAGUGGAUGAUGUGUGAAGGUUUCUUAGCAAAAUCUUCUUGCAGCAAUGGCCUGAGGGGCUCUCUGGACUAAAACCAAGAAGCUGAUAUGCAUUGACGAUGAGUGGAGUUGGAGAAAACUCAUCUGACCCUGCAAGGGCAGAGUCACGAAAACGCAAAGAAUGUUUGGCCGAGCCAAAAGGACCCAGUCCCAAGCGGAGCAAUGAAAAGCGUAACCGCGAGCACGAGAACAAAUACAUCGAAGAGCUCGCCGAGCUGAUCUUCGCCAACUUUAAUGACAUCGACAACUUCAAUGUCAAGCCUGACAAAUGUGCAAUCCUGAAGGAAACUGUGAAACAAAUUCGUCAAAUAAAGGAGCAAGAAAAGGCUGCAGCAGCAAACGAGGAGGAGGUACAGAAGGCUGAUGUCUCAUCGACAGGCCAAAGCGUCAUUGAUAAAGAUGCUUUGGGACCAAUGAUGCUGGAGGUGGGUGGAGUGGCUUUACUUUUCUUAAUUUCUAGUGUCGUGUAUGUCUUUUAA